UUUCAACCGAAUGAUGGUCGGAACCAAAGGGUUAUAGGUUCCUUGUGGAAUCUGCUGUCACCGCUUCUACCUCUUCAAUACUCUUCUCUUUUCACACUUCUCUGCCCUCCAGGAUGAUCCUUCGAGGGCGUGUACUUCGAUUCGCGUUUUGACCAGACCGCUGGCUUGCACGGUGCCAUUGACAGCUCAACAUGGCGAACGACGACUAUAACUGGCUUGCGGGCUUUGAUCGGCUUGAUGACUACCUCCAGAGGUCUAUGGGCAAUGAAGCUUCUUCCGGUGAACCCACCCCUGGUUACUCGUCGCCAUACACAACACCUUCCACGUUGCAAGCGCCCACAAACCAGCCUCAUCCACCACCACCUACGCAAUAUGCACCGGCGAGGAUGAUCCCACCGAGCGCGCAAUUCCAGCAUAAUAUCAACGACGGAUAUGUCACGGCGCAGCACCACCCCGAACACUUUGCUGGCGAGAGCUCCGUGAGAUCACAGAAUAGCUACCAAUUGCCGCCCGCUGUUCCCACCCACAGCCCCUACCAAGCGCCAGUGCACCACCUCCCACGCUCUACAAAUCUGCCAGCUUCGGCUCCUUCAUAUCCUCCUGCUCAACACUUUCCAAUUUUCUCGGCUCCGGAACAAUCACCGCUACCGUCCUAUAUUCCGCGAGAGGGGGGCAUAGCAGCGGAUAUGGAAGCCGCGCGCGCCGCAAAGAGGCUUUGCAUAUCCAAGUCGCGACCUCACUUAGAUCCUGUGGGUCACUCGGCAUCUCAAGUUCCGCCCAAGACAGGAUUGUACAGGGCUAUGGAUUCGGUGAAUGGCACCGCGGGGAGUUUGGUCAAACCAGCUGGCGGACCACCCAGCGGGCAACCAAGCCCCGGCGGCAAGUUCACCGCAUAUUCUUACGCGCCGCGCGAUCCCAAUAAUAAGCGCUUCCUCAAAGACCGCGUGGACAUGGCCAAACGUCUCACGACGAGCGAUGGGAUGAAAAAGACGACCUAUGAUCCUAAAACGAUUGCGAGGGACGUCUUGAUUUCUGCGGGCCGUCACCCGAAGGAGGCUGCUCUGAACCACCAUCUCUCCCGUUUGCGCGACGUGUUCACUCACAUUGAUACGUCGUCCGAUCUGUCGACCUUCCGGUGGGAUUUGGUCGAUCCCGUCCCUGACGAAACACGUGACCAGAACGCGUCCGCGCCCCGACCAGAGACCUCCGCGGUCCCGCCCCAGCUUCCCGCCGCGCAACCCACGCCGCCGUUGCCCACGGUCGAUGUUUGGAAACUUUCGACACACCAACCUCCCCAGCACGCUCAGCAACGACAAAACUUCACCCCCGUGCCUGCCUCCCAGUCACCACUGCCACAACCGAUACCACAACCCUACACGCACCCCCCAUCCCCACCCAAACCACAAUCUACGCCCCAACCCAAAUCGCAACCUACGCCCCAACCCAAACCCCAGCCCAAGCCCCAGUCCACACCCCAAUCCAAGCCCCAACGCAAGUCACAGCCCUCGCCCCAGCCUGUUCCUCAGGCACCUGCACCUACACCUCCGCAGCCGUACCCGAAGCCCGAGGUACACCUCCCGACGCCGAUCGUGGAGAUGGGGAGACCACCGGGCAAAAGGCCAGUCGGCCGACCGCCUGGGCGGCCAUCCGGAAGCACCAAGGUUCCGAUGGUCGUGCCACCUCCCCUACCGGUAUCGUAUCAGGUGUACGCGUGUCGGUGGCAGAACUGUCAAGCCGAAUUACACAACUUGGAGAUGCUACGAAAACAUGUGCUGAAGCUCCACGUGCCCUAUUCUAUCAGCUGCGCGUGGAAGGGUUGCACGUUCGAAGAACACCUGCCGGCGUGGCAGCUGUUCGAACACAUCAAGACGGCGCACCUGGACUCCAUCGCCUGGAAACAAGGUGAUGGGCCGUCGGUGACUGGACCUGGUGAGAAAGCGUCUUGAUCAUGGCUUGCGGGGGAGCUCGAAGGAACUUACGUUAAUGAUCUGAUCUUGUUGUAUCAUCUAGUGGGCAGUGAUGUCGGGGAGACCCCCGUCCCCAUCCCCAAUUCCAAUCAGUCCAAAGGCGAGGAUGCGCUCAUCUUCCCGGCCAGCUUCAGCUCCAUUCGCGCCUACAAUAAGGUCCAUGGCAAUA